AUGGAUCCCAACACGGGCCUCGACUUUCAGCGCAUUGUGGUCACUGAUACUGAAACUCUCGAUAAGCACAGCAAUAUAAUGGAAAAAUUGCGACUGGAACAUCGGCUACCAGAAGGAAGGAGAACGUACGAAGAAUUGCUUGAGAAAGUAGGGUUGAAACUUGAACACGACCACAACCCUCGUCAAACUGAGCAAACGUGUCAACAGUUCGUUUUUCAGGGACAGUGUUUGGUUCUAGGAGACUCUGGAGUUGGAAAAACAAGUCUGGUCAAGGCUAUCAGUGGAAAGCCUUUCGACGAAAUGGAGCCAAGAACGACAGGAAUUGAGCAAAGUCUUGUUGAUGAGAAAUGGAAGAACUUGGAUACGAAGGAUCUUAUUUUUGGAAACGUAAACCGAUUCUUUUUAGAGAUUUUUAUUCAAUUAAUGCUUUAUGGAAGGGCUGGAAAUGUAAUUUUCCAGCAAUCUAGGUUUCGGAAAAACAUCAGUGGUCUCGCUCUGCCGCUGUUAGGAAUUAUAUUCUGUUUAACGAUACCAAUUACAAUAAUUACGGAUCCUCUAAACGAAAAUCAUUGCGUGCUGCCCAUAAGCUUCAUUUUAGUAACAACAGUUGGUGUAUUUUAUUCAAAAAUUCUACAUCAGGUUUCUAUCGUGAUGGUCAUCUUUUACUUUGUAUUUUUCUUGGUGGAGUCAGUGCCUCGAAUUCUAAAAUCACUACCAGAGUGGCAUCAAUGGGCAAAAUUGUUGUUAGGCAUUAAUUUUCUCCUAUGCGUUUUUGCAUGUCUUCCCUCUUCAAGCGAGAAAUUUGCCAUGACUUUUUUAGUACUUCUCUGUCACACACUACACCAAGAAUACUUUUGGUUGGAAUCUGCAAUAUCAACACCUAGCCAGGACCACGUAGGUCCAGGUACGUUUACCGCAGUACAGUUGGAAAAAGCAGUAAUAGACCACAAAAAAUUGAAAAAUGCCCUGAAUCAGAAGUGGUCUUCCUUGAAACUUAAGAUUCUUGAUUUUGCUGGAGACAAAGAGUAUCAGGCCUACUUCCAUAUGUUUCUAAGAAGUCAAGCUAUUUAUGUCAUUGUAUUUAACAUGGCUGAGUUUGCAGAGGAUAGUCUCAGAGACUUAACCACAAAAAUAAAGAGUCUCCAUCUUUGGCUUGAGUCAGUUUGUAGCCAUGUGACAUCAAAUACUCCAAUUCUCCUUGUGGGAACACACAGAGGCAACAUGGAGAGAUCCACUAUGGAAAGAAUCAAUGAAAAUCUAGAGAGAAACUUUUGGAAACCUUUUUGUGAUGAGCUGGUGGUAAACAAAGUUGACGAGUUGUUUUUUUUUCCUGUUGAAAACUCCAUGGGUCAAAACGAUGUUGGGAUUAAAACUUUUCAGAGAGCAAUUAUUGCAACUGCAGAGGAACUUAAGGGAACCAUGGGUCGGAACAUUCCUCUUUCUUGGAUCCAGAUCCAGGAUGCCCUCAUCAGUAUGAAGAGUGAAAAGGGAGUGAAAGUCUGUGUGAGGUUUGAAGAGUUUCCUAGAGUAUUUGACAAUUUCAUUUGCACCAACUGGACUGAAGAGACACUGAAAUACUUCCACGAGAAGGGUUUUAUUAUGUACCUCGACAAAGAGCCAAAGAGGGUUUUGCUUAAUCCUGAUAUACUAAUUGAUAUUAUAAUCAGGCUUGUCACCCAACAACCUAAGAGGAUCCCUCAGAGAGGUUACAGACGUCACUGGAACCUAUUGUGUGACAAAGGAAUGCUGACAGAAUUCCUACUCAAGAGUGUCCUCUCAAAAGUGGUGCAGGAGAGUAAGGAAGAUGUGACUGCAUUCCUUGAAGAGUAUGACUUGAUCUGCCCUUUGGCUUACCAAAAGGCUCCUAUACAUAAAGAACAUUUGGCACCAGCUUACUUUGUUCCAGCUAUGUUGCCAAUUUCUACAGAUGAGAACACUCAACUGUGGAGUGACAGAUCCACAGAUAAAAAGUUCUUUGUGUUUUUCAAGAAAUUCCUACCUGAGCCUUUGUUUCAUUGUCUCCUCUCCCGUGCUCACAAGAACAGCAAAGAUGACUUUUGGCUUUCUCAACCUCUUGUUUACAGGGAUGCUGGCAAGUUCUGGUUGAAUCCCAAGCAGCCUUACAGAUUAAGACUUCUAAAAGCCAUGAAAAUGAUAGAAGUGACAUUCACCAGUCAUCAAGGGAUGAAGCCCUCAGAUGUGCUGAUGCAGGUGUUUGCCAUGGUGGAUGGAGUUUGCAGGAGCAGUUUCCCCUCUGUAAAGUUUCAUUGUGGACCUGCCUGCAUCUCAGCUAAGUGCCCUGGUCACCAUGAAGAAGGUGAUUUCCUGGCACAUGCAGUGGGUGAGCCAUCUGUCAAGAGAUACCAUGUGUAUAACAUCAUGCCUGGACGUAAGGAAGAUAAAAUCCCUUUCAUGUACUGUGUAAGCCACUGUUUUGAGGAUGACCUGAAAGAAUGGAUACCAUAGUUAUAAUGACAUGACACCCACAUGUCUAACCUGUUUGCGUGAUAUUUCAUCUGAGCAAGUGAUAUAGGUAAAGGAUUAUGUGUAUUCAUGAAGAACAUAUAGCAAACCCCAGUCUGGUCACACAGAUCUCUCAUGUUGCACACAGAUGUAGACUUUACAUGGCUACAUACAGAACAUUUUGAGAGAUAAUCUGAUUAAGCUUGCCUGAGUUGUAAACUUAAAAAUUAGCCCCCUAAUAACCCCCUUAUUAGCUCAGAUUAUCAUUCAUUUCAAUUUUAAUUGAAAUCAGCACUCUUAUUUAAGGCUAUUAAAGUAGUCUUAAAUAAGAGUGCUGAUUUCACUUUCAUGAAUUUUAGUAGUUAUCUUUUUUAUAGUUUGCUUCUCCUCCAAAGUUUUCUUAUACCAGUUUACAAACUACUUACUGGAUGUUAAAUACUCUCACAAGCCAGUGAGGGAAAUUAACAUCACAAAACACCAACAUUUUAAAUACGUCUUUUAUAUCUUCAU